UCCCAUCGGAAGUACGGAGCGUUUCCGCUGACGUCAUUUGAUUGAGGCGGAGGAGUUCGUGAUCAGGCAGAGGACAGACACACAAACACACACAUUGAAACACACACUUCAAAGACACACUCCGCCUCUCACUCGGUCAUCAGGUCAAACUAACAGGAAACGUUCGAUUCCCGGUUCUCGCUAGCGGUGGUUCACCGGUUCUUCCGCGGGAGCGACGGGAAUGUUUCGGCCGAAGAAGAGAAGCUCUGCUGGGUGUUUAGCAUGAGAAGACUGGAAGAUCACUACUUCUACUACUACUACUACUACUACAAGUACUGCAGUAGUACUGCAUACGACCGGAAGAGGCCGGUUGGGGGGGCCGCUGCCGCCCGGUGACAUCAGUUCGUCCCGGCAGAGGAAGCAGGAGACGGGGGAGAAGAUGAGAGGGAGAGGGGGGCUGCUGGAGGUCUGUCUGCUGCUGCUGCUGCUAGGAGAGAGUACAGAGUCUCAGCAGACCCAACACCUCGUCUCCUAUCAGCUGACGGUCCCUCGACCAAUAGGAGGCAGGCUGAGGCGGGAUGUGGACGGAAGACUGCCCAGUCAGGUGUCGUACAUCAUCAGUGUGGAUGGAAACGAUCAUGUGGUUCAUCUGGAGAGGAACGAACUGCUGCUUCCUGCAGACUUCACUGUGUUCUCCUACAGUCAGAAUGGAUCAGUGAUCACCAGCAGACCACCUGUACAGAACCACUGUCACUACCGGGGCUUCGUUCAGAAUAUGGAGGGUUCAUCUGUGGCUAUGAGCAUCUGCAACGGCCUCAGAGGAGUGUUACAUCUCACAGGCGACAGUUAUGGUAUUGAGCCCUUAGACUCCGCCCCUGAACAGCACCUGGUGUACCGCCUGCAGGAUGUGACAUCACAGCCCCGUGGUUGUGGAACGCCACACAAUGAUCACUCCGACAGCAACACCACGGACCAUGCUCAACGGGAACCAGAGGAAAUCCACCACGGACAACACAGCAGAGUGAAGCGAGCUGUUCUUCAUCAGACUCACUAUGUGGAGCUGCUGCUGGUGGUGGACAACGACAGGUACAACUUCAUGAACAAAAAUGACACAGCAGUGAGGGAGGAGAUGAUUUCUCUGGCCAACUUCAUAGACAGUAUCUACAAGCAGCUGAACGUCCGAGUGGUCCUGGUUGGUCUGGAGAUCUGGUCGCAGCAGAACCUAAUCAGCACUGAAGGGGGCGCUGGAGAAGUUCUGGGUCGCUUCACCCAGUGGAGAGAGAGAGAGCUGAUUUCUCGCAGACGCCACGACUCGGCACAACUCAUCCUGAAGCGGACUUUUGGAGAAACAGCUGGGAUGGCGUUCGUGUCCACCGUCUGCUCCAGAAGUCACGGGGGCGGGAUCAACGCGUUCACCAAUAACAACCUUCCCUCGUUCGCCUCCAUCGUGGCUCAUGAGCUCGGCCACAACCUCGGGAUGAACCACGACGACGGGCGCUCCUGCACCUGCCCAGGGAAGGCCUGCAUCAUGCACUCUGGAGCCACAGGAUCCAGAAACUUCAGCAGUUGCAGUGCAGAUGAUUUUGAGAAGAUGAUCUUGUCGACGGGGGGGACGUGUCUCCUGAACGUCCCGCGGCCUGACGAGGCCUACAGCGCCCCCUACUGUGGGAACAGACUAGUGGACGUGGGAGAGGAGUGUGACUGUGGAUCCCAGAAGGAGUGUGAGGAGGACCCCUGCUGUGAGUACCAGACAUGUAGGCUGAAGUCUGGAGCUCAGUGUGCUUAUGGAGAAUGCUGCUCUAACUGUCAGUACCUACCGGGAGGAACAGUGUGUCGCUCCAGCACAGAUGAGUGUGAUCUCCCAGAGUUCUGUAACGGCUCCUCGUUGUUCUGUCAGAGUGACGUCUUCGUCCAGAACGGACAGGCCUGCAGGAACCAGCAGGCCUAUUGUUACAAUGGGAAGUGUCAACACUAUGAUGGACAGUGUCAGACCAUAUUCGGAUCCAAGGCGAAGGCUGCUCCAGCAAUCUGUUUUAAAGACGUCAACAGUAAAGGCGACCGCUUUGGAAACUGUGGCUACCAGAACUACGGUCACAAGAAGUGUGAGAGCAGAAACGCUCUAUGUGGGAAGCUGCAGUGCUCCAACGUUCAGGCGGUGACGGUGUUCGGCAUCGAACCGUCGAUCAUCAUCACGCCGAUCGGCGGCGCCAAGUGUUACGGAGUGGACUUCAUGCUGGGAUCAGACGUCCCUGAUCCCGGGAUGGUGAGCGAAGGAACCAAGUGUGGAGAGGACAAGGUGUGUAUGAACUUCGAAUGUCGAAGCGCCGACAUCAUGAACUUCGACUGUGACGUGGGGAAGAAAUGUCACGGACAUGGGGUGUGCAACAGCAACAAGAACUGUCACUGCGAGGACGGCUGGGCCCCUCCCUUCUGUGAGGUCAAAGGUUACGGAGGCAGCGUGGACAGUGGACCCACAUGGAAUGAUAAAGACACGUCCCUCAGAGACGGCCUGCUCGUCUUCUUCUUCCUCGUCCUCCCUCUGCUCGCUCUGGGUGCGUUUGUUUUCCUGCGCAAGAACGAGCUGCUGCGACGACUCGGGCUGAGCCGCAGGAAAAGGUCCCAGGGAUACCAACCGGACGGUGCAGCGACAGACAAUCCCGUCAGGGGACCCCCGCCCCCCCGAGCGCAGCCUCCCUCUGCUGCCCGGGGCCACGCCAGCAGCAUCGUCAGAGCGGGGGUGGUGGAGAACAGCAGGACGGCUCCAUCCCACGCUCUGAGGCCUCCUCCUCCUCCUCUAAAACCAAAACCUCCUGCUGCAUCCCAGCCGCUGGUGCCUCUAAGACCCGCCCCUGCUCCACCUGUUUAACCAAUCCCGGGGCCCGGACCACCUGUCUUCUUCUUUUUCUUCAACCCCCGUCCUUUUCGGAGCCGGUUACCUAUCAACAGCCAGGAAAUGAUUUUGUAGCUGAGACAGCAUCCUGCGGCCGGACUGGGAAAUGGACGAUCAGGAAACUGGACCCAGUCAGACCGGACCAACAGGAAGCUACUACUGCCCCCUACAGUCUGUCUGUGGCCUCUGUCCUUCUAUGUAGUUUAAAAACUGCUUCAGGUGAAACAUCAUCUGUAGAAAUCCAUCCAAUCACAUUUCCCCAACCGUCACGAAUAAUAAUGAUCACACAGCUUCUGGACGUAAGCUAGCUAGCUAGCUGUUAGCUCAUAUAGUUGUUCAAAACAUUUUAAUGUUUCCAGCGAAUCGCUUUAAACUGACAAACAUUUAAAAAUAUAUUAUGUAGCUAAAUACAUGAUAUCAUUUUACCACAUGUUAAGUAAUGAUUAGAAAGCAUGAAGGGUGAGCUGCCUCACUCUGAAGACAGAUUGGUGCUGUCCCCUCCCCUCUGCGCAGCACUGUCAUAGGAAUGUAACACACCCCUGCUGCUGCGGUGCAGGUGCACUUGGUCUCCACCAAUCAGCUCCACCCGGCGCUCUGUCUCCAGAAUUGUAAAAUCACAGUAUGCAACAUACCGAGCUCUACACCUCUGGGCUUCAGAUCCUCUCCUUCAGAUCUGGAUGUGGAUCUGGAUCUGGACCUAUAUCUGGAUCUGGAUCUGGACUCAUGUGCUUGUUAAGUCACAAAGGAAAUGUACACACUGAAGCACUGUUGAGCGGAUCUCUGGGAUGUUGUGGAUCAUCUGUCUCUGUUUCCUACAGGAACCUGACCUGUGAGCGACCUGUUCUCUUUCAGAUCGUUGUCCUCUUGUUUAAUCAGGUGGGAGUAACCGACCAAUCAGGAACCUUUUCACUGAAAGGGAAUGGAAUUAGGAUUUAUUUCCUCUGAAACUGGUUUGAGACAAAUUCAGAUGAAAGACGUCACUGAUAAUUUUACUCCUUUAUUUAAUGGAUACACGUAUUCUGUCCAAUAUAACCCCCCACCCCCAUAAAUGACAACCUAGGACAUGGUUAUUUUAGGGAAUUUCUAAAUUUAGUAUUCAACCUUUCUGUUUGGUUUGGAUCCAUGUUCAAAGAACAUGUGCCGUACUGGAUCUCAGAUUUUAAACAACGUUCACACAUGAAUUUUCAGAUACAGUUGAUGAGGAUUCAGUUUGAUGCAGGAACAUCCCAGAGUGAAGAGGUCUGACCGGGUUGACGUGUCUUUAAGCUGGAAAUGACGCCUCGACUCAUAAAAGUCCUGGAAACGUGUGGACUUCCUGUCUCUGCCGCCUCAACACUGAGGUCUGGACUGAUCCUUUAGUUUCUCUGUUGCUGUGAAUGCACAGCGGCCUCCAUCACAGUCCCUCCACUUCCUCCUGCUCUGACACUCUCACUCUAACCAGGGAUCUUUACACCACAGGAAACAGACUUCCUGUGACUCUGAGUGUCGUCACUUUGCAGUGAAUGAACCUGCUGCACUGUGUCAUGUGAGGACAUUUUGAUCUGCUUUAGUAUGUUUUUGAUUUGCACAGACACAAGGAGCUGACGCAGGAUUGAGUCAGUUACUCACAGGGCUAAUUUUGUGUUUGAUUGUUUUGUUGCUAAAAGAAAGUGAACGAGAUCCCAGUUUGCUCCUGAAGCUGAUUCCUGAGAAAGAGAGAGAAACCUGUGGAGAACAGAGUGAAGUUAUUUAGAGGCAUGAGAGCAGCUGAAGUCAAAGUUCACGACAGCCUCAGGUUACAGAUGGUGAACGGAUUCAGCUGCUGCUUCUCAGUUUAAAUAUAACAGAGUUCAUGAGCAGAUUCAAACCAAGAGACUGUUUCCUCCGGCUCAACACACUCAGAACCUCACAACAGAUCAAAAGAACACGGUUUGAAGGUUUCAACAACACUUUCUUGUUCAUCGGAAUUUUAUU